AGACUACAAGCGUCUCCAAGGGAGGCAUCGAAUUGGCGUGUUGGCAAUGACCUUCUGUAGGAUAGAGAACUGACAUCUGAUAAUGGAAAUCGCUUCGGUUUUCUGGGCAAGCAUGGGCCUUCGUCUGGGCUCUGUGGGCGGCUGCUCAGGGAAGUUAGGGAACGCGUCGUCGGCCUCCGUCGGCUCAGCGGCGAGAGCUGAGAGCGGCGGCCUGCCAAGUUGUCAAUUGGCCCAAUUGAACCACGCAAGUUGCAACAGUUUCCACGUCAACAGUACUGUACUUACCUAUACAGACGUAUGUAGGCAGCACCAUUCAGAAACAGCCAGAUUCACGCAAGCAAUAACAUGCUGCAGGAGGUGACGUCCGUGCAGUUCACAGUCGGGAAGGUCGACGCUGGUGUAGCUAUGUUGUUGUCACCGCACCACCACCUGCUAGAGUUCCCAUCACAGAUCCUACCGGACGGCAUCAAAACCGGCUCAAUCGUAAACUUCACCAUCGAACGCAACUUCGACGAAGAACGCCGCCAACAAGAAGACUUCCUCUCCCUCCAGGAAGAAAUCUACCUCUCCUUCUCCCAACCGCCCAAAGAACCCAUCCUUUCCCUCAAAUCCAUCACUCAAACCUCCGCCAUCAUCCACUGGGAACCCUUGGUGCUCCACGCCGCCGAUCUGCGUGGGAUCGACGUGUACCGUAACGGUCAGCGGUUAAACAUUACGGUUGCGCCCAACGCGACAUCGGCGAAGUUGUCGGGGUUGGAUGUGAAUCACGAGUACGAGGUGUGGAUUGAUGUGCGGACGUCGGCCGGGGUAUUGCAGAGCAACAAGAUCCGGAUCACAACCCAUGCGAUGGAGAAUCUGACGGGGAUCAAUGUGUCGUUUGGGACGUUUACGAAUCCGCAUGAUAUCGAGCCGCUGAUGGAUUUGUUGGGGAGGAUGGGCGCCAAUUUUACCGAUGAGCUGACGACGGAUAACACCCAUUUGGUGUCGACUGUGCCGAGGGGUCCGAAAUACGAGAAGGCUGUCGAGUGGAACAUCCCAAUCGUAUCGCCGGAGUUCUUGAAGGCGUGCCACGCACAAGGCAAGAUACAGCCAGCGACGGCGUUCUACGUGAAUAACCCAAAUCCGCCGAAGACCAGUGUGGACAAAUAAUGAAUGUCAGAAAUGAUAUUAGUCUCCCUAUUCUGUAUAUUAACAAUCUGAAGAGCAUAUCUGCGUAAUAAAGUCCCUCUUCAAG